CCUGUAUCCCUCAGCCUCCCGUCUUGCUACAUCGCGCAGACUGCAGCCUCCGGGAGUCCCUGUGCCCGGAUUCCAAGCUUCCCACUUUUACCCCAGACAUCUCACCUUUGAACCUUGACACCAUGUCAUCUACGGCCACUGACCUGGACAACAUGGAGGUGCAGCGACAGUACAAAGUGAGCAGUCGUUGGGAGACCUCAGAAAGCCAAUGGGAAGAGGAGCACAGCACAUCCAAACUCUUCGAAUCGUCCAGGAUCAAAGCCCUUGCUGAUGAGCGGGACGCUGUGCAGAAGAAGACAUUUACAAAGUGGAUGAACUCUCACCUGGCCCGGGUGAUGUGUCGGGUCACGGAUCUGUACUUGGACCUGCGUGAUGGCUGUGUUCUGACCAAACUGUUGGAGGUUCUGUCUGGAGAGCAGCUGCCCAAGCCGACGCGGGGCCGGAUGCGAAUCCAUUCGCUGGAGAACGUAGACAAGGCGCUUCAGUUUCUGAAGGAGCAGCGCGUUCACCUGGAGAAUGUGGGCUCGCAUGACAUCGUCGAUGGAAACCACCGGCUUACUCUUGGCCUCAUCUGGACCAUUAUCCUCCGUUUCCAGAUUCAGGUGAUUAAAAUCAACACAGAAGACAACCGAGAGACUCGCUCGGCCAAAGAUGCUCUCCUGCUGUGGUGUCAGAUGAAGACAGCAGGGUAUCCUGGUGUGAAUGUGCAGAACUUCACCAGCAGCUGGAGUGAUGGGCUUGCAUUUAAUGCUCUCAUCCACAAACACAGGAGUGACCUCAUUGAUUUUGCCAAACUGCAGAAAUCCAACACAACCUUUAACCUCCAGCAGGCAUUUAAUGUGGCCGAGCAGCAGCUGGGCGUGGCCAAGCUUCUGGACCCUGAAGAUGUGAACACGGAGAAUCCCGAUGAGAAGUCCAUUAUCACCUAUGUCGUCUCCUAUUAUCAUUACUUUUCCAAAAUGAAGGCUCUUGCUGUGGAGGGGAAGCGGAUUGGAAAGGUCCUGGACAAAGCUCUGGAGAUUGAACAGAUUAUCACGAGAUAUGAGACAUUGGCAUCUGAGUUGCUCGAAUGGAUUGAGCAAACUAUCGCUCUGAUCAGCAAUCAACGAUUUGCAAACUCAUUAACUGGCGUUCAACAGCAACUGCAAGCCUUCACCAACUACUGCACUGUGGAGAAACCUUUAAAGUUUGAGGAGAAGGGCAAUCUGGAGGUUCUGCUUUUCACCAUCCAGAGUAAACUUCGAGCGAACAACCAAAAGCCAUACGUACCCCAUGAGGGCAAACUGAUCUCCGACAUCAACAAGGCCUGGGAGAGACUGGAAAAGGCGGAGCAUGAGCGUGAGGUGGCAUUGCGGAACGAGCUGAUUCGGCAGGAGAAGCUCGAGCAGUUGGCCCAUCGGUUUGACCACAAGGCUGCCAUGCGCGAGACCUGGCUAAACGAGAACCAGCGGCUCAUCUCCCAGGAUAACUUUGGUUACGAUCUCCCAGCGGUCGAGGCAGCGAUGAAGAAGCAUGAGGCGAUCGAGGCUGAUGUAUCUUCAUACAAGGAGCGAGUGCAGGUCAUCACGGAGCUGGCUCUGGAACUGGACUCGGAGAAUUACUAUGACAUCAAGCGCAUCACUGCUCAGAAAGAUAACAUCUUGCGACUGUGGAGCUUCCUGGAGGAGACACUGGCCGCUCGCAGGGCACGGCUCGAGCUCAACCUCUCACUGCAGAAGACCUUCCAGGAAAUGGUUCACAUGAUUGACUGGAUGGAAGAGAUGCAGAUGCUGUUGUGUUGGAAAGAUUUGGGGAAGCACUUGUUGGAGGCCGAGGACUUACUCCAGAAACAUUGCCUCCUAGAGGCAGAUAUCUCUGUGCAGGCUGAGCGAGUGAAAAGCCUCAAUAUGGCCGCCCUGGAGUUUACCCAACUGGAAGGGUACCAGCCGUGCGACCCGCACAUCAUCUGUAACCGGGUGCAGCAUGUCAGCAGCUGCCUGGAGGAGCUGCAGCGGCAGGCAUCGUGUCGCAGGGCGGAGCUGGAGGGAUCGCGCUGCCUCUGGACAUUCUUCCAGGAGAUGGAGGAGGCGGAGGGCUGGAUCCACGAGAAGGAGCAGGUCAUCUCCUCAACAAACUGCGGCAAAGAUGUGGACAGUGCCACACGUCUGCUGAGCCAGCAUGAGGUGCUGAUGGGGGAACUGGUGGCUCGCUGCAGCUUCCUCACGCAGACCAUCACCAAGGGUGAGCAGAUCUUGGCACAGAAACACUUCGGCACGGGGAACAUCCAGGAACGGAUCCUGGAGGUGCGGCUGCAGUGGAAAACUCUGGAUGAGCUGGUGAAACUGAGGCAGCAGCGGAUCCAGGAGGCGCUCAGCUUCUUCCAAUUUAAGGCCGAUGCCGACGACCUGGAGCAGUGGCUGCAGGAUGCCUACCUCCUGGCCUCCAGUGACGACUUCGGGCACGACGAGUACUCCACCCAGUCGCUGGCCAAGAAGCACCGUGGCCUGUCCGAGGACAUUGAACAGCAUCACCGGCUGGUCCAGGCCCUGUGCACUCAGGCUGGCAGCCUGGCCUCCGAAUACCUAGAGCCGGGUGAGGUGCAGAGCCGCGUGUCGGAGCUCGAGACCCUGUAUUCUGAGGUGAAGGAAGUGGCGGGCCUACGCAGGCAAUGGCUGCAGGAUGCACUGGCUGUUUACCACAUGUUCACCGAGGUCAAUGCCUGCGAGCUCUGGAUCGAUGAAAAGGAACAAUGGUUCAACAACACGGAGGUCCCUGAGACACUGGAGGACCUUGAACUGGUCCAGCAGAGGUUUGAGAGUCUGGAGCAGGAGAUGAACAGCAUGUUGGGCCGGGUGGUGGAGGUGAAUGAAAUUGUUCAGCACCUGGUGGAAAAUGGUCAUCCCAGUGCCACAGAGGUCAUGGGCUGUCAGGACCACCUAAACAGCAGGUGGGCACAGAUCGUGCAGUUGGUUGAAAGUAAAAAGGAGAACAUCGAUUCCCUGGUUCGCAUCCAGAAUUACUCACUGGAGUGCAACGAGAUCAAAUCACAGAUCAGUGAGAAGCGGAGGGCCAUCGAGUCAACGCAGUACCUGGGCAAUGACCUUGGGGGGGUGAUUGCACUGCAAAGGAAGCUGUCCGCCAUGGAGGGUGCCCUGAGUGUGAUCGAGCCCAAGCUGAUUGGCCUGCAGUUGGAGGCGGAGAGUUUAGCUGCUGCACACCCGGGACAGGCGAUGGACAUCCUUAUCCGAUUUGAGGAGAUCAGUGAGGAGUGGGAGCAGCUGAAACGGGCCCUACAAGGCUGUGAGGACUCACUGAGUGUUGCUGGCAGGCUGCAGCAGUUCAUCCAGGACCUGGACAGCUUCCUAUCAUGGCUGGCUCAAACCCAGGGGGCCACUGUGUCCGAGGAGCUGCCCAACACACUGGCUGAGGCAGAGGCUCUCCUCCGGAACCACGAGGCGCUGAGGGAGGAGAUCGGCCAACAUGAAGAGGACUACCGCAAGAUCCUGGCCGUGAAUGAGCUGCUGUCGCUGGGUGAAGCUGAGCUGCCGCUGCUCUCCAUCCAGCAGUGGCUACAGAAACUGCAGCAUGGCUGGGCCAAGCUGCACCAGGCCUGGCAAUGUCGGCACCAACUGCUGCUGCAGGCUCACAUUUACCAGCUCUUCCUCCGGGACGUCAGGCAGGCUGAAGGCUUCCUCAACAGCCAGGAGUCGGUGUUGGCGCAACUUGAGGUGCCAGUAUCGUUGGAGGCUGCUGAAACGGCGAUCAAGAGGCACCGGGAUUUCCUGGUGACUUUGGAAAUUAACCUGCAGAAAAUUAACACGGUGGUCGAGGCAGGAGGGCAGCUGGCAAAGGCUGGCAGCAUCUACCAGGAGAAGAUUGACGAGCAAACCAAGUCUAUCACCACCAGGAGCCAACAUAAUUACAAGCUGGCUCACGAUUGGUUAGAGCGCCUGGGUGUCCACUGGGAGCAACAGCGGUUCCUCCAGAGCUGUCAGGAGUUGGGCGACUGGAUUAAUGAGAAGAUGCUGACAGUCCGGACCACGUCACACGAUGAUGUUCAGAAGCUGCACAAAAAAUGGCUGAAGCACCAGGCGUUUAUGGCAGAGCUAGCGUUGAACCGGGAAUGGCUGGCUAAGAUUGAGAAGGAAGGUCAACAACUGAUCAAGGAGAAACCUGAACUCGCCCCAGAAGUCAGGAAGAAACUGGAAGAGAUUCACGACUGCUGGAUUGUUCUGGAAAGCACAACGCAGGCCAAGGCGAGGCACCUGUUUGAUGCAAACAAGGCAGAGUUGUUGGUGCAGAGCUAUGGCGAGCUGGACAAGAGGCUUUCUCAGCUGGAGGGGCAGCUGCAGGGGGUAGACGGAGCUAGAGACAUCGCCAGCGUCAACUCUCAGCUCCAGAAACUGCAGGUCCUGGAGAAUCAGAUGGAAGGCUGGUACAAGGAGGUCGGUGAAUUACAGGCCCAGGCUGCGACCCUGAACCAUGAUGGGGCGGGAAAAGAAGAGGUCACUGAGAAACAGAAUGUGGUUGAAGCACGAAUUGUGCGUCUGAUUGAACCGUUGAAACAGCGGCGGAGGAUUCUCCUGGCCUCGAAAGAAGUUCACCAGGUGACAAGGGAUAUGGAGGAUGAGACUCUUUGGAUUCAGGAACGCCUGCCACUGGCAAAAUCUAAGGAUCACGGGAAUAACUUGCAAACAGUGCAGCUCCUUCAGAAAAAACUGCAGACUCUUCAGCGGGAGAUCCAGGGGCACCAGCCGCGGAUCAGUGAUGUGAUGGAGCGAGCAGGGCACAUCGCCUCCAUCCAGACCCCGGAGACUGAAGCUGUGCGCCUGAGCCUGGACCGGCUGCGGGAGCUCUGGGCUGAGCUCCAGGAGGAGACGCAGCAACGGCAGCAGAGGCUGACGGCAAUGCAGCAGCUCCAGCAGUAUUACUUUGAUGCCUCAGAGGUGGAGUCAUGGCUGAGUGAGCAAGAGCUGCACAUGAUGACGGAUGAGAAAGGAAAGGAUGAACAGAGCUCCCUCCAGAUGUUGAAGAAACACCUCGUUCUCGAACAGACAAUUGAUGAUUAUGCAGAGAACAUCUGUGAGCUCUCGAAGACAUGUAGAACGUUAUUGGACAAGGGCCAUCCAGAGAGUGAGCAGAUCAGCAAACAGCAAUCUCAAAUUGAUCGUCUGUAUGUGAGCCUGAAGGACCUUGCUGAGGAGCGGAAAGGCAAGCUGGAGCAAUAUUACUGGCUGUUCCAGUUAAACCGAGAGGUUGAUGAACUGGAGCAGUGGAUCGCAGAGCGAGAGGUAAUAGCAGGAUCGCCAGAACUUGGACAAGACUUCGAACAUGUCACCCUGCUGCUGGAGAAGUUCACUGAGUUUGCCCACGAGACUGGGGUGAUUGGGCAGGAACGGGUGAACACAGUCAACCAGAUGAUUGAUGAGCUGAUUGACUACGGCCACAUGGACGCAGCCACCAUUGCAGAGUGGAAGGAUGGUGUCAGCGAAGCCUGGGCAGAAUUGUUGGAACUGAUCGAGACCCGAGCCCAGAUGCUGUCAGCCUCACAGGAGCUGCACAGAUUCUUCAGCGACUGCAAGGAGGUGGCCGGGCACAUUGAGGAGAAGCACAAACAGCUUCCGGAAGUUUCCACCGGAGAUUCCAGCAGCACUUUCACUCUGCAGAGGAUGCUGAGUUCGUUUGAGCAUGACAUUCAGGUUCUGGUCACGCAGGUCAGGCAGCUACAAGAAAACGCUGCCCAGUUGCGGACGGUGUAUGCUGGUGAGAAUGCGGAAGCCAUCCUUGCCCAGGAGCAGGGUGUCAUGCAAGCUUGGAAGGAGCUAUUGAGCAGCUGUGACCAGCGGAGGCUUCAGCUUACCACGACCAGCGACAAGAUCCGCUUCUUCAGCAUGGUCCGCGACCUUGUCAGCUGGAUGGACAGCAUCAUCUGUCAGAUCGGGACGGGAGAGAAACCUCGGGAUGUCUCCUCAGUGGAGGUGCUGAUGAAUUACCACCAGGGUCUCCGAGGGGAGAUUGAAGCCAGGCACAAGAAGCUCUCAGCUUGUAUUGAACUGGGCAAAACAUUGCUCACCAGUACCAACCAGACUUCCGAUGAGAUUAAGGAGAAACUGGACAAGGUUUUGAAGAAGCAACAUGAAAUGAUGGCGAAAUGGGAGCAGCAUUGGGAGUGGCUACAACAGAUGCUGGAGGUGCACCAGUUUGCACAAGAGGCAGUGGUGGCAGAAUCAUGGCUGAGUGCCCAGGAGCGCCUGGUCAGCAGCAACCAGCUGGGGAACAGUGUCGACGAGGUGGAACAGCUGAUCAAGCGGCACGAGGCUUUCCGCAAGGCGGCAGCAGCCUGGGAGGAGAGGUUCAGCUCGUUGAGGAGGCUCACCACGCUGGAGCGAAUGGAGAACAAGAUGGCCCUCCAGGGGCAGAUGCCCCAGCAGCAGCCUGCCACUCCCAUCCUGAGUCGCAGAAUGCUGCCAGAGCCGAGAGUUGUUCUGCCCGAACAGUCAGUGGCAGUGCCAGAGACGCGGCCUGUCAAACAGCAAGCAGUGUACGAAAUCAUCGACGGGCCCCUGGAGGCACGAACCGAGAGACCCGAGCUCCGAGCGGCCGAGCGAGCUCUCACGCAGGAGAUAGUCUCAGCACAGUCUGAUCCAAAGCUGGCGAGCUCGUUGAGGCGAGAGAAAGUGGAGGGGAGGCUCGAGCAGUCACAGAGAAAGGCUGAACAAAGCGAGGUGAAGCAGGAGCAGCAGAGAGAGCGCCACGAGCCUCUGAGUGAACAUCGGGAGCUGGAACAGCAGGAUGCAGGAGCUGCUGGGGACAGGAGGACCACUUUGGCUGACAUUGUAGAGCAACUUCAGGAGAAAGAGGCGCAGGGACGGGACUCAUCACUGUCUGUUGGCCUGCCAAAUGGAAUUGAGAAACUGCCGGAGAGAACCCCUCGACCAGACAGACCGAGAGCAAGGGACAGACCCAAGCCCAGGAGGAGACCUCGGACAAAGGACCUGACCCAGCCGAUUGGAGAACCGCGCCGGUCCCGCUCUGCACCAUCACCCCAAAACAGUGCUACAGCGUCACCACCAGUUACACACACGGCAGAGCAGGAAGGACUUCUCGCUCGAAAACAUGAAUUGGAGGCUCCCAACAAAAAAUCAUCCAGCAGGUCCUGGGUUAAUGUAUACUGUGUGGUUAGCAAAGGAGACCUGGGUUUCUAUAAAGAUACCAAGGGAUAUAAAUCAGGAGUAACCUAUAAUGGAGAGCCUCUCAUCACUCUGAGUGAGUCCACAUGCGAAAUUGCUAGCAAUUACAAGAAGAAGAAGUUUGUCUUUAAAGUCCGGAUGAAUGACGGUAGUGAAUACCUGUUCCAGGCUAAGGAUGAGGAGGAAAUGAACAAUUGGAUCAAGACUAUUUCCACAGCCAUCACAGAACAUGCACAAAUUGCUCAGCAAAGCGGUCAGAUGCCUCUUACUACCUCCUCCACCGAUGAAGGCAAUCCUAAGCGGGACAGUGACCGAAGAUUCAGUCUCUUUGGAAAGAAGAAGUGAGGACGAGAAAACACCAUUGGCUUUGUAUUGCACAGAUUGGAUCCUUACAGUCGCUUAUAGGGACGGAUUCUCACUUGGUGACGUAGAAAUUGUUUCAUCUUGAACUUGAGUAACUAAUGUUUUUAAUUUGACAGUUUUAACAGGAGUUGGACAAUUGCAAGUACGUCUUUUGGAUGGGUCUGUGACAAUUUUCUAUUAAAAUCCUGUUCUGCUUUUGGUGCACGUUUGUGGAUCCAAUUGGCUGUUGACUGGAAUUCUCUGACCUAAUUGUGUGGGAUCUCGUCCUGGUCGGAUGUCUCAGACCCGGCACGUGAUCAGAUUGUUGGCUUUUGGACCAAGUUGUUACUUAAUGCCCCGGUUCCAAAUGUUCAGCUGCAUUUUGAUUUGAGAAUAAGUGAAUGUGAGAAAUGUCCAAACUUUUUUUCAGUUAAUUAAAGAAAGGGCACUAUCAAAUCUUUCAGUUUUAAUCUUCUUUACAAAUUUGAACCCUCUAAGAUUAGAUGCUUAUUUAACAUCUCGAUGGAGAUAUGUGUGUUCUAAUGGAUACUGCUGUUAACAUGAAUCUCAGCCCAGUGUUUGAAAUGUGAAGUAACUCAUUCCAAAUGUGGUUUCUGGUGUUGUGACAGCUCACAUCCCGCCACAGGACAAUCAGAAUUCCUAGUAUUUUACCAAAAUGCCUUUGGUCUUCCUGAAAAGAUUCAAGUUGGAAAUGUCAUAUUGAGGAUCCCUGGCAGAAUCCAGGGAAUGCAGCUGCCCACUUACUUUAAACCGUGUAGUUCCAAUUUGUGGGUCAGCUCUGCAGCAGCGUUUGUUGAGAAUUUUUUUUUAAGAAGUACAAAGUAAGAAGGAAAUGCGUGUCUAACAAAGCAAUGGCAUGACAUCUGAUUUACUUGGAAAUAGAUGGAAAGUACAAAAUGGAAACAGGCCCCCCCAUAGGUUGCGGUGGCAUUUACUAUUCAAGUGAGUAAUUGUUUCUAAUGAUGUGUACCACCCUGUCCCCUUCUUUUCUCACCUACUUAAGUUGGAGACAGCAGAGAGGAUGAAAAACUCUGAAACGAUUUAAACAAAUCAAUUCAGUGUUUGCCCAUGUCCAUUGUAGUGAUUUUAAUUUGGUGGUAAUGGGUAACAGUGACCUCAGACACAUCUCCAUUGGGGGAAAAUGACUGAGAGUAAGGGGCUAAUUUUCCUUUGGUGUGCACCUCAUUCAAGUUGAAAGAGGAAGAAAGAGCUGACACCCUGCAGCCUGGCAUUUACUUCAUUUGUGUUGCCCCUUCUGCAGCUACAGUUCAUUUCCUGAGUUUAGCUCUUGAAGGGGGUAACUUGCCUCACGAUAUGUUCUAUCUCGUCCUCCUUGAAGAGAUAGAUGCCAGUGUCAGCAGAGCAUUUGGAGCUGCGUUUGGCUGCAGAGAUGGCAAUGGCUUUAAAAUCCCUCGCUGCAAUAGAGCAGGAACUGAGGAUGCUGUGCACUCACUUAAGACCAAAGACAAUUCCAGUUAGAGAAUGAAGUCCAAUUGGAUUCUGCGGAACUGAACAGGAGUAGAGCACUCAUCACCAUGAUUUACCUAACAACCACCUGGACCCCUUCACCAACUGAAUAGAUUGGCCCUGACUGAACUCUCUGUAGAUCACAGAGUGCUAAUUGUACCCCAUGCAUUUGUUAGGUGGGCAACAAUGGAGCCAUGCACACACAGAGGGUCUACCCUGUCUUCCAGAGCAGUAAUGGUCCAGUUCAUCAAGCUGACAAAAUUGCACUCACCUUGAACAUUUGAGAGAAUCAGCAUCCAGAGUUUGCAGGAUUGAAUGGGUGACUGAUGCCCCAAAAAAAGACACUGAUUUCACCUUGUCUGGGAUGAUCAAGUCUGAACCUAAAUUACUGAGUUUCCAGGAGGCCUAGAUGUCCUUUGUGUAUAUCCUGUCACAUCCUCACAGCUGGGAAUGACCCACCAAAGAACUGCAACAGCUUUCACUCAGUAGAUAUUUAUCUCCUCCAUCAGAAGCAGCAGUUCAAGGUCAGAUUCCUGGCCAUUUGGCACCAUUCAGUUAUCCUGCACAGUUCUAGAUUGCUGCUAUCAUUUGUAGGUUCCCAGCAAUUGGGGUACUGACUUUUAUUUCUUGGGAAUGUGUCUUAGCUCAUAAGCUGUCACGCUGUCUGUUCACAUGUCAACCCGAUCAAGGUGGGAUCAAGCCCACGACUCCUCCACAGGC